AUGACUGGCCUUGUGUGUUUUGGGGUGAGUGUGGUUGAUUGCAGGGAGAGGGACGCAUUGGGGAUAGAGAGCGAGGAGGAGGAGGAAGAAGAUGAGGAGGAAGGGGAGGAGGGGAGUGAAGAGGAGGAGGAGGAGAAAAACAAGGCGGCCGACCCAUUCGCCCAGCGCAUGGAUCACAUGCUCACGCCACAGGAGCUGCUCUUGCUAGGAGGUGUAGUGGCUUGGUUGGUGCAGGGAGCUGCAAGGCGCUCACAGGAGCUGCUCUUGCUAGGAGGUGUAGUGGCUUGGUUGUCCAAGUUCGGCUCGCCUCUGGACGCACAGGCGCUCACCGACGCGUACCUGCUGCACGCGUCCAAGUUCGGCUCGCCUCUGGACGCACAGGCGCUCACCGACGCGUACCUGCUGCACGCGUCCAAGUUCGGCUCGCCUCUGGACGCACAGGCGCUCACCGACGCGUACCUGCUGCACGCGUCCAAGUUCGGCUCGCCUCUGGACGCACAGGCGCUCACCGACGCGUACCUGCUGCACGCGUCCAAGUUCGGCUCGCCUCUGGACGCACAGGCGCUCACCGACGCGUACCUGCUGCACGCGUCCAAGUUCGGCUCGCCUCUGGACGCACAGGCGCUCACCGACGCGUACCUGCUGCACGCGUCCAAGUUCGGCUCGCCUCUGGACGCACAGGCGCUCACCGACGCGUACCUGCUGCACGCGUCCAAGUUCGGCUCGCCUCUGGACGCACAGGCGCUCACCGACGCGUACCUGCUGCACGCGUCCAAGUUCGGCUCGCCUCUGGACGCACAGGCGCUCACCGACGCGUACCUGCUGCACGCGUCCAAGUUCGGCUCGCCACUGGACGCACAGGCCCUCACAGACGCCUACCUGCUGCACGCGCUGAACCACGUCUUUCACACGCGGGACCGCAUCACCAAGAACAACGACAAGCCCAACCGCGCCUCUGCUGCUGCCUGUAAGCAGGGGAGCAGGGGGAGGGGAAAGGAGGGGGGGGGGGUAAGGCGGAGGAGAAGGGGGAAGGGGGAAAUGGCGAGCCGGGUGAGGAGGGGGGGGGAGAGGGAGGGAGGGGAGAAGGGCGAGGAGAUGGAGGAGGGAGGGAUGGAAAGUGUGCUUUUCAAGAAGGGAGGAAAAGGAGGGAAGAGAGGAAGGAAGGGGCCAGGCGGGGUGGAGGUGGAUGGGAAGGAGUUGGUGGAGGUGGAGUGCAUCCCCAGGGACCAGGGCUUCACUCGCCCUAAAGUGCUCGUCCUACUGCCGUACCGCAAUGCAGCGCUGAAUGUGGUGCAGCGCCUGCUGCGAGUGACGCCCCCGCAAUCCAAGGUGGCAGUGGAGCAUUUGGAUCGCUUUCUUGCUGAGUUUGGCGAGGUGGAGAGCGAGGAGGAGGAGAGUGAGGAGGAGGACGAGGAGGAGAGGAGAAAGGCGAGGGAGAGGAAGAGGAGGAAGCAGCAGCAGCAGGUGGGCCGUGGGUUGUCAUGGGAAGCAGAGGAAAUGGAGGAUGGAGGGGGGGAGGGAGGGGGAGGAAGUAGGGGAGAGGGUGGGGGCGAGGGUGAAGCAGCAGCAGCAGAGGCGGCAGCAGCAGUGCUGCGGAAGGGAUUGAAGCCAGUGGAUCACCGGGCGAUGUUUGCAGGCAACAAUGACGACCACUUCCGCCUCGGCAUCAAGUUCACCAAGAAGGCAGUGAAGCUCUACACCGACUUCUACCAGUCCGACAUCAUUGUUGCCUCACCCAUCGGUCUCGUCACCAAGCUGGGCGAGGCUAUGGAGGACAGUGAGAAGGACAUGGACUUCCUCUCCUCCAUUGAGAUUGUCAUUGUGGACCAAGCUGACGUCAUCCUCAUGCAGAACUGGGCACACGUGGAGGCGGUGUUUGCGCAGCUGAACAAGCUGCCAGUGAAGCAGCAUGGCACUGACUUCAUGCGCGUGCGCGAGUGGUACCUGAACGGGUGGGCAGGGCACUACCGGCAGUCCAUUGUUCUCUCCGCCUUCUCCCACCCCUCCAUCAACGCUCUGUUUCACCGAUCCUGCUGCAACUUCUCAGGCAAGGUGAAGCUUCGAUCCGAGUACGCAGGAGUGCUGGCCCUGGUGGUACCGCAGGUGCAGCAGGUGUUUGACCGCAUUGACUGCAGCGCCAUCACAGCAGCAGCAGAGGCGCGCUUCCAGUUCUUCGUCUCCACCAUCUUCCCGCGCCUCCGCGACUCCGUUCAGGGGGGCGUGCUGGUAUACACGCAGUCCUACUUUGAGUUUGUGCGCCUCCGAAACUUCUUCAAGCAGGAGAAUCUCUCCUUCUGCCUCCUCUCCGAGUACACGGACGAGCGCAACGUGCAUCGGGCGAGGGCAUGGUUCUUUCAGAACCGGCGGCGCAUCAUGCUGUACUCGGAGCGAUCGCACUUCUACCACCGCUACCGGAUCCGGGGCAUCCGGGAGGUGAUCUUUUACUCGCUGCCGUGCUACCCUCACUUCUAUGCUGAGUUCCUCAACCCUUUAAUAGGGGGGACAACGCGGUUGAUAAAGGCUUCUCAAACCACCCCUGUCCCCUUCCCCUUGUGUCUUGUCACUCCCCAAACCCCUCAUCGCAGUUCCUCAACCCUUUCCUCAACCUGCUCGAAGGGGGGAACAACGCUGAUAAGGGCUGCUCCGCUCUCCUGCCCCUGCCUUCCCUAUCCCCCACCCCCUUUUCGUGCCUCCCUGAACCCCUCGUCGCAGUUCCUCAACCUGCUGGAAUGGGGAGACAACGCGGCUAUCCUCAAUCUGCUGGAAAGUACGGACAACGCAGCUGAUAGAGGCCCCUUAAAGCCGCUGACUUGCCCCUGCCUUCCCUAA